AUGAACGAGGGCGGACGUGUUGUUUUGUGUGGGCAGAUAGCAGUUUAUAACACGGACCUGCCGUAUCCGCCGCCGCUUCCCGAAAAAACCGCACAAAUUAUCGCUGAGAGAAAGAUCCUGAGAGAAAGAUUCAUUGUGUUACAAUAUAAGGAUGACAUCGACACGUCUGUUGCGCAAUUAUCAGCAUGGCUGCAAGAGAAAAAGUUGAAGAGCCGAGAGACAGUAUAUGAAGGUCUUGAACGGGCCCCGGAAGCGUUCAUCGACCUGCUAAAUGGUUGCAAUAUCGGCAAAAUGAUUGUCAAAGUGGACGACCCCUGA